AUGGAAGUUCAAACGAAGAUAAAACACUUAGGGACCAGCCUCCUGGUGGUGGCUCGCCUGCGCCGCCAGGUGGCCAAGCCUGGGUACUACCGCUCAAAACAGGUGCGAAUGAGUUCUCCACCGGCGCGCGGAGCGCCAGCCGGGACGGGGGAACCGAGUCACACCAGGGUGCUGGCGAAACCGGCGGAGCGGCAGUCCGUCUGUGCGCCCCGGCGGGACGGACGGCGAGGCUCCCGCCGGUGGGCGCAGGGCGUCGCGGAGGAGGCCGUGGCGAGCGACCCUGGGGACGGCUCGGCCCCGGCCCGAGAGCCGCUGUACCGGACGGAAGGCGUCCGCCCGGAACCCCGUGCGGUGCCCAAGCAGGGCCGCACCCAGGCGGCGGGCGGCGAGUGCGGGGACUCUGGGUCCCGGGCCCGGGAAGCACUCACACCGGCCCGGCCAGAUGGCGCCACCCCCUGGGGCCUGGCCAGCGGCCGCGCGCGCACCGGCUUCCGCGGGGCCCGCAGCUGCCGCGCCAUCUGUGGCUCAGCCCGCAGCUCUGCGCCCGCUGGCCUCGGGGGCGCUGGAGGUGGGGACGCUGGGACCCGCCCGGCUGCCCCGAGCACGGAGGCAGGACUUUGCCCCCCCCCGCCCGGGGCUGAGGGCCCCCGGGAGCUGCGGGGCUCUGAUGAGCGGACCCCCACGCCCGUGCGGAGCCCACCUGGAGCCAGGUGCCCGGCUCAGCCCGCCCGCAGCCUGGAGCAGAAGCACCAGGCUCGGUCAGCCGACACGCAGCCGGCCUGCAGACACGGGGGCCAGACGCCAGGCCGAGGGGACAGGCAGGACCCCGACCGCAUGCCCACGAAUGACCUCGGCCGUGCGUGCGGCGUUGAUGCCCCGGCCACGGGCACAGCCAGCGAGCAUGCAGAUUCGCCCGGGGAGGCCGCAGCUGCGGAGGCCUCGGCGUGGCGUGGACGACCGGCGAGGAGCGCCCCGGCAGCCGCUCCGCCGCCCACCAGCAGGGAGUCGUGCGCAGGUUUGAGGAUUCGAGGGCUCGGGAGUGGGGCGGGGCGGGACGCCAGCGUGCCCGCCGGGCCCUCUCAGCAGGGGCCGGACCAGGCUGCUCCCCACGGCGGCACCGAGUCUGCCCGCGGGACGCCGACUCCUCCGUGCAGAGAGACACUGAAGGCAUCCUCCCCCGGGAAGCCAGGCCGGGGGCGGACGCGUGUUCAUCCGUGGGCCGUGUGGGACGGGAAGGGCAGGAAGCGGCUCCGGCACCCAGAAACCGCAAACCCGGUCAGAUCAGAGCUGGCGCUGCAGGGCAGAGGGGCGCAGCCUCGCAGAGACAGCACCCAGGAGAUGAAGAGCUCACCCUGGCCUUGGCAAGCCCCGCCGCCGUCUGACGCCCUGGGGCACACCCAGCCCAGGACCCUGCCGCUGGCCCCACCGCUGGGCCGUACCGCCCGGCGAGGUGCAGGGGGGCAUCGUGAAAACAGCCGCUCUCCGCGAGGGGUGACACGUUCCCCGCCCCCCGAGGGCUGCGAGGACCGGGAGGAGGCAGCUUCCCCGGGAGCCUGGUCCGGAGGCACGGACGGACGCUGGUGCUUCCGGCAGCCCCCGGGCUCCUCGGCCCUGCUGGGGGGCAGCCCCUCCACCCCACGUUCCUGUGGCCGUUUCCAGUGCUCGGUGGAGCCCCCGGGAGAUCUGGCGUCCACCCGCCCUGCGGCAGCUCCCAAGACCAAUCAGGAGAGUGCCGGCUGGCCCCACGCCUGCGUGCCCCUGAGGCAGCCCCUCGGCCAGGCCAGCCCCCGGGGCCCCGGGGACACUAGUGUCCCCUCUGUGGGGCCCGGCUCCUGGAGGCUGCGUUACCCAGGAGGGCGAGUGGGUGUGUGGCGGGAGAGGAGCUGCGUGCUGAGCGUCCAGGGCCCUGUCGCCCAGCCCUCCACCGCCAGGCCGGGAGUCUGUCCGGGGAGGAGGAGCCGUGACGACCAAGGGGGCCAGAGCCCAGAGGGUGAGGGCGCGGGCGGCCCCCCGCCUGGGGAGGAGGGGUGCCUAGGGGCGGACGGUGCUCCGGGGGAGGUCCCGCCCACUGCCCCCACCCUACCCCAGUUCCGGACACUCCCAGACACGCCCAGGACGGCCGCAUUCCUAAAGGCUGAGCAGGGGGCUCCUCAGUGCGCGGCAGGUAUUGGGACCCUGUUCCCUGAGCGCGGGACAUUGGGAUUGUGGGGGGCGGGGGUUGCUUGGAGGGGGUUCCCCUCUGUGGGCACCAGCAGUAACAGCCGCCCCGCACGGCGCUGGUUCGAGGCUCCGCGCGCCCUCGAGGGGCUGAAGGGCACCUGCUGCACACGGCCCGGCCGUGAGAUGCCGGGAGUGGAGGCCCUGGAAGAUCACUCCACAGCGGCUCCCGGCCAGGGGCCACCUGCCUCCCCAGGGGACACUCAGCCGCGCCUGGAGGCACUCUUGCGUCACACCUGGUGCGUGGGCAGAGGCCAGGGGUGCUGCCCCAUGCCCUGCGACGCCCAGGGCGCCCCCACCACACAGAAUGCAUUUCGCCCCCGGGUCAACAGCGCCGAGGCGGAGAAGCCCCGACACCAAGUGAAGACGGCCAUCGACGCGGAGUGA